AUGGUUCAGCAGCUAACAAGCAAGACCCAGGCGGUUCAGGAUCCUGCCAGCCCUCAAAAGUCAGUAACCUUAAAAAGCAACUACAAUGCUGAACUCAAGAUCUGGAGUGGAGCUCCAAUGCAGCACCGAUUUGGAAAAGAUCUAUCUAUCGGGGAGCUAAUCUUCAAGGAAAUGGAACGCAAUCCAGAUCUUAUUGCUCAGAUCUCGGCCACUGAAGGAACAGUUUUGACGCGCAGGGAAUUGCAACUAAAUGCCAUGCGGGUAGCCAGCUACUUGCGAAGUGAAAAUAUAGGACAACACGAUAUCGUGGGGCUUAUGGCCAGGCACACCACCCACAUGGCGGCUGUGGCCUAUGGAUGCUUCUUUAAUGGCACUCAAGUCCACUGUUUGCACAAAUCCUAUGAACUGGUGACCAUCGAAAAGCUAUACGGCCUGACCCGCCCAAAGAUCGUCUUCUGUGAUGGCGAUGAGUACGAGAAAGUUAAGAAGGCUACUGUGGGUUUGGACGUGAAAAUCGUCACCUUGCGGAACCACCAGCCAGGAUCUAUUCCUAUCCAAACUAUUCUGGAGACCCCCAUAGAAAAUAACUUCCAGCCCACUCGCUUGGAGCAGGGAAAUGACCAGACCCUGGCCAUUUUGUGCUCAUCGGGGACCACAGGCACCCCCAAGGCAGUGACCAUCAGCAACUCCCAUCUGAUCAUUCCCACCGAUGUGAAAAUCGCCAGCUCUACUGUCCAGUAUACUUAUAGCACUUUGGACUGGAUCUCCGGCCUUAUCAUGAUUCUGAUGGCCGGAGCCUUCAGCACCACAAGUAUCGUGGCGGAUAAUGAGUUCGAUCCGGGUUUUGUGAGCCACCUGAUUGAAAAGUACAAGGUGGCAUUGUUCUUUGCCAGCUCGCCACAUGCCGCCAAGCUGGGCAACAGCAAGGAGUUCGAGUCCGCCGACCUCUCCAGUCUGAAGUACUUCUUCUACGGUGGUGCCAACUGCUCCCUGGACGUGCAGCAACGCAUCCGCCAACGAAUCGGCAAGAAUAUCCUGCACUUUGGAUACGGAAUCACAGAGCUUAAUGCCAGCAUUGGUAUUAACUUCAACUAUGACUGGAAGCCGAACUCCGUGGGACGUCCUUUGUCGGGAGUCCAGGUGAAAGUCCUCGGCAAGGAUGGUAGCCUUCGAGGUCCCAACGAGGUGGGGGAACUCUGCGUGUAUAAUGGUCAGCACUGGUCAGGAUAUUACGGCAAUCCCGAAGAGUCCGCCACCGUAAGGGAUGCCGAGCAGUGGCUACACACUGGGGAUCUGGGCUAUCUGGAUCAGGAUGGCUAUAUCUUCAUUGUGGAUCGCAUCAAGGACAUGUUGAAGUACCAGAACCACAUGUACUAUCCCAGUGACAUUGAGAAGGUCAUUGCCGAGAUUCCGGAUGUGGUGGAGGCCUGUGUCUUUGGCAUCUUCAGGGCGGAAAAUGGAGACGAAGCCGCCGCCUCGGUGCUCCUUAAAGAAGGAAGCUCCCUAACGGCCCAGGAUGUGGUAGACUUUGUGGAGAGGCGCAUCGAAGCCAAGUACAAGCAACUAAACGGAGGAGCUCUGAUUGUGGAGGAUCUCAUGAGAAGUGCCAAUGGAAAAACCAACCGAAGGGCCACUAAGGCACACUUCUUGAAGGCUACCAACACCAUGGAGGAUAAGUGA